AUGCUCCAGCUGAAACAAAUAUCUCGUGUAUUGUGCCAAGGACUCAAGCCAGUACCGGUGACCAGCAGCUCACCCUCACAGACGGAGUCAUCGUUGGCGGCACCCAUCUCGGUGUCGUUACUCUCCAGCAAAGGUGUUCCUUUAAGCACUGUCAUCAAGGCUGACUCGCAACUCACAAUCGAUAACAUCAAAAUAUACCUGCUACUUGCAUUCAACAACUACGACUCUCGCGAAGCCUGGUGCCUUGUGAAGGUAGACAGCGAGUUACGGCUUGUGAUGGGCAAACUCCAGUUGACCCAGGAAACUGAAGAAAACAAAAUGUAUGUGGUGGUGUUAUACGACAGUUCGUUACCCGAUGCCAUAGCCAAGGCCAAAUUAGACGGCUUAACAGAGGCGUUGAACACCGGACUAGAGGGCUUCAGUUAA